GGUCUUCAGCUGCGGAUUGAGAACCAAGAGGUCUCAAAAGAGUUUAUGGCUUUAGAACACAUAAAACCAAUAGAUGACUGCAGAACUGGCAAAGCACCAGAAAACCGUGAUAAAAACAGAUAUCAAGAUAUUCUUCCAUAUGAUAAGACACGAGUUCCUCUCGGAGAAAACAACGGCUACAUUAAUGCAAGUUAUAUCAGAAUGAAAGUUGGAGAAGAGGAACAUUUCUAUAUCAUAACUCAAGGGCCCCUGCCUUCCACCAUAGCUGAUUUCUGGCAAAUGGUUUGGGAGAAUGAAUCAGAUGUGAUUGCUAUGAUGACAAAAGAAGUGGAGCUAGGAAAAGUCAAAUGUCAUCGAUACUGGCCUGAGCCUCCACAUGAAUCUAUAGACCUGGCUAAUUUCCAUCUCAGGCUAGGCAGUUACCAGAUAUUGGAAUACUUCAUAAUUAGAAUAAUAGAAGUGAUCAACAAGCAGUUCAACAUCAAGCAGAUAGUGAGAGAUCUGAGACAUCAGCGUUUUGGCAUGAUUCAAACUAAGGAUCAGUAUUUAUUCUGUUACGAAGUUGUGCUGAAAGUCCUUCAGAACAUUCAAGCCAUGGACCCCUACUGACUGCAACAACACUCUUCCCUGUUGCUAUUAUUCUUGGAC